AUGGCAGAGCGGAGGUUCGGGAUAGGCUAUGCUUUGGCACCGAAGAAGCAGCAGAGCUUCAUCCAAGAGUCGCUGGUCGGCCUCGCCAGAUCGCGCGGCAUCGAUCUCGUACGGAUCGACACUGAGCGCUCGCUGGCUGAUCAGGGGCCGUUCGAUUGUGUGAUGCACAAGUUGUACGGAAACGAUUGGAAGCGGCAGCUGGAGGAGUUCAGGGUGAAGAACCCUAAUGCGGUGAUAAUCGACUCGCCGGAGGCGAUCGAGCGGCUGCACAAUCGGAUUUCGAUGCUGCAGGUGGUUUCGGAGCUGAAAAUCGAGCACGAGAGUGACACGUUUGGGAUUCCGAAGCAGAUUGUGAUAUACGACAAGGAAACGCUGUUUGAUCGCCAGGCUUGGGAGGGUCUGAAGUUCCCGGUAAUCGCAAAGCCUCUGGUCGCCGACGGCAGCGCCAAGUCGCACAAAAUGGCCCUGGUUUUCAACCACGACGGGCUCGACAACCUCAAACCCCCAAUUGUGCUUCAGGAGUUUGUGAACCAUGGCGGCGUCAUCUUCAAGGUGUAUGUGGUUGGAGAACAUGUGAAAUGCGUGAAGCGUAAGUCACUCCCUGACGUUUCCGAAGAAGAGAAAUUGGGAAGCUUGGAUGGCUUGUUGUCGUUCUCGCAGAUAUCCAAUCUUGCAAACAAUGAGAGAACUGAUGACAAGUACUACAAGAUGAUGCAGUUGGACGACACAGAGAUGCCGCCACAGAGCUUUAUCACUGAUAUUGCAAGAGGGUUGCGGCAAGGGCUGAGGUUGAACCUGUUUAACUUUGAUGUGAUUCGGGACGCGAGGUUUGGUAACCGGUAUUUGAUAAUUGACAUUAAUUACUUUCCUGGAUAUGCCAAAAUGCCGGGUUACGAGACUCUGUUGACUGAUUUCUUUUGCGAUAUUAUGCAAAAGAAAGAGAAAGAUGGGGCGGAGAACACUGGUUUGGAUAGUUAUGAGGUACUUAGCUGUGAUGACGAAGUGAGGAAAAUUGUAAGUAGUGAUGGGGAUGAUGGAGGUGAUCUUAACGUAGAAGAGGAGAACCCAAUUCAAGUUUGA